GGAAGAAAUAUGGCGGGUGAUGAAUUGGCUCGUAGGGGAUGGCAUCUGACAGCAGAAGGCAUCGCAGAGCUAGAACAAAAUGGGAAAAGAGGAGUGGAUCAGCUCAUCAAAACAGCCAUUGAUACUGACUUGCGGGAUGUGGGAGAUAAAUGGCUGCCGGAGGAGCUACACAAGGGCAGACUGGACUAUAUUCAGGGGCCGGCAGUGCUGCAGUUGAUGAAGCUACGGAACAUCUCGGCCCCCAAAGAAAAUGAGGAAUCUCAAACUGCUCCUCGUCUUCUCCGUCUGUCACUGACUGAUGGUCACAUCAACUGCACAGCCAUUGAAAUAGAGAACCUCAAAAACAUCAACCUUGGAACUCCUCCUGGCACCAAGGUGAUGCUGGAGGGCGCUGUUGAUGUCGAGAAUAACUUCCUGUUACUGACUAACAAGAACUUCCGGUGUCUUGGAGGGAAAGUAGAGAAGUUGGUGGAGACAUGGGAACUGAAGCGAAAACUGGCCAAACAGUCUAGAUCGGGUGUGCAGACUGAAGGCGGGCCACCUUUGUUUGUUCCAUUUGGAAAGAAGAUGCCAUCAAAUGACUACAAUCCCGGUCAUAGAGCACCAGAGAAGAAGGAGAACUUUAAGUCCUUGGAGUCUUCCAAGAAGGAUAAGAAGACAGAAGAGAGCGAGUUCGAGCAGCAGAGACAAGCAACUAUAGCCGAGGCUCUACAGGAGGGGAAGACAAAGACAUUCGGUGGGGGGAUGAAACAGCCUGUGAGUGACAAAGAUGUUGCUCGUAUUGUGGAGAUGGGCUUCACGCCAGACCAGGCAAGCACAGCACUACGGCAAACCAAUGGCAACGUCAACGAUGCCAUCAGCUCCCUCAUCUCAAGGGGUGGCAGGGGUCUUGGACGUGGAGGGGAUCGAGGCGGGGAUCGAGGAGAUAAGUUUGAAAGACGACAACCAAUGGAAUCAAGACAAGGUGGGCGUGGCCGUCGAGGGAGAGACCGAGAUGAGGAUGAAGAGGGUGGGGCAUCAUCCAGACCGAGUGGUCCUGCCACACUCUUUGAUUUCCUCGAAACAAAGAUUCCAGUCAAGGAAGAGUCGAAGUCGUCCAGUGCCUCAAGUCGUCCCACCUUCAACAACAAGUCAUCUACAGACAGCAGCUCAACUCGCAGCAACUCAGGGCCCAAUGGCAGGCCUCACUAUGAAAAUAACUCCAGCAGGUCAGGGGGCUACAAGUCCACACCAAACCAUCACCAUCAACAAUCUCAACAGCAAGACUUCUCAGGGCAAAACUUUCAGAAUCGCAAACAGAAUCUUCCACCGAGGUUAGCUGGGAGGCACGGCCAAGAUGGCCCAAGCUACCACCAACAGAAACCUUCUAGUCAGCAGUUCCCAAAUUUUGAUUCUGAGAGGACUCAGCGGGGAGAGGAUUCCCAUCGGAGAACAGACAAUCAAACCCGGUCCAACCAGUCAGGCUAUAAUGCUUACGAACGUGGUCAAAAAGAUUUUAACCAGUCCCGUCCAAAGUCCGGAUCAUACAAUUACAAUGAUCCGCAGGAAUACAAGGAAAAUAGAUAUAAUAGUCGGCAAAACUCACAACACAAUUCUAAAAACGAUGGCCACCAAGAAGACAGACGUGAUAACCGUUUUGACAACCAAAGAGGCAGUCGCCAAGCUCAAGGUCAGAGAAGUUCAAGGUCACAGCAAGAUGGAUCAAGGAAGCCAUAUGAGCAACAGCAGUCACAACAACAUCGCCAUGAGGGUCCCCCACAAGGUGAAGGACAUUCGUGGAGGAAGGGAGAUCAGGUCAUGGCCAAGUACUGGGAGGACAGUCAGUUCUACAUGGCGCGCAUUGAGGAUUUUGCCAGCAAUGGAGCAACAUGUGUUGUGACAUUCCUGGAAUAUGGCAAUAUGGAGGAAGUUCUGCUGUCUGAUAUUGAAGCCCUCUCACAGCAAACUUGGCAACCCCCGAACAACUCGCGUAAUUACCACAAGGGCCCCCCGAGUCAGCAAUCCUACUACAACAACCCCCCUCACAAUGCAGGGGCAAUGGUCAUGCAAGGCCCGCCCCCCUUCCCCGGCCAGGCCGGGUUCGCAGGGCCAAUCAACUCCAUGGAGUUUCGACGCAGCGGUAAUGGAGCCGGCUUCCAAGGGGGACAAGCCCGCCCUGACAAGCGCCGACCAACCCAACAAUACUACCAACCCCAAGCCCGGCAGUUCCAGUCAUGAUGUGGGCUGCUGCGUGGCGGCAUACAGUGUUAAUUUAUCAGGAUGUAUUUCAUAUAGUGCUGAAGACAUUGUUCUACACAAAAUUGACAGUGGAGUCCAGUUGUGUCAGUCCAGACUGAAUGCUUUAGUGAAAUUUUGUAUUUAGAUAUCUUUUUUUUUUCAGUUCAUUACCCCAUAGGCCAAUCUGUCACUAUUCCUAGAAGACAGUUUUUCAUUUAUUUCCCUGUCACACUACAACGUUGUAGAGUAACUUGCACCUAGCUUGUAAAAAACAGUUAGUACGCUGUCAUACGUCGAGCUGUCAUCGAAAAACCAUGAUUUUAGCGUAUCCAUAGUGUAUACAUGACGAGAGUUUACUGUAUAUGUUACGCAUGUCUAACGUAUUAGUAGCGUAUCACUGACUUAUACAUAACUUAUGACAGCGUAUAAAAGCGUAUGGCCAGCGUAUGAGUAACAUAUGACUAGCGCGCUCAGCGUAGGGGAAAGGUGCCUGAAACGGGCCGUAUGGGCAACGUGUAUCUGGCGUAUGUAAACGUAUGUAAACGUAUGUAGAGCAUUUCAUUCAUACCUUAAUACGUUCCCAUACACCAAAAAUUAUGUGCAUGCACUAAAGUGUUUUUAAGCCGCAGCGUACUACAACGUAUACCAGCGUGCUUUUGACGUAUACAACUUACACCUAACUGAUCCAUAGCGUGUUUCAGCGUGUCGUACGUCGCCAUAUAUUACUGCUAUACGUUGAAGUGUGACAGGGCCAUUAAGUACUUAGUUUCCGGAUUUGACGGCUAUUUCACAUGUUGAAUCAAAUGUAGACGUGACACCCACUGCGAUUUUGGCGGAAUCGUUACGAUAUUUUAGGCCAAUUUCUGCAAAUACGAUUUAGUGAUACAUAUUACAACUUUUCCAAAGGACAUUGCCUGUAAUUUCAACUACCGGUACAUAUUGACCUUGAAAAUCAUGCAUAUAGUAUACAACUAUUGAUAAUCAGUUAAUAAUCACAUUUGUUUGAUGGGAAGGUUUGCCGAUUUAGAGGAGUUUGGGAGAUAAAAUGUGAUGCAAAAAAUUAUUUGUUUUGGUUAAAACCAUACAUGGUGUUGUUUUUUUAGACACCAUUUUGCCAGAUAUUCCUUGAUGCCUCAAUUUAGGGUUGUUGUUUUUUUCUCCUCCAGUUGGGACUGUUGACUAGUGUAAAGGAUGAAAAAAAAUGAACAUAGAAAACACACUAAAAUACAAUCAGUUGAAGAUUUCUAUGCUGUUACAGUGAACAUGUAUCAGGAAUUUCAUUUCAAGGUCACAAAAUAUUCAAGUUCUUUUUUAUUGUAUUCUUCCCUUAGGUGAGAUUGAUUUCCUCAACAGUUCAUUGUCAUGUUUGAUGCCCAGUCAACCAAGGUGCAACAGCUCACUGUACAGAGUUAUUUUCCUUAGCUGUGAAAGGAUCUGCUGGUCAUGUUAAUGAUACACACUUAUUUUUUUGACAAAUGAUCAGGUCUUAUAUCUGACAGUGGUAGAUUAAGCCAUAGUCAGUGAUGGGCUUGACUCCGUAGCUGUAGACUAAAACAGUUUCUAUUCUAUAACAAGGUAAUGGCUAGUUCUAGUUGCUGAUGCUGAAAAAUUGAAUCUUAUCACUAAAGCAAUGUGUUUUGCCUACUGUACCUCAUGCUUGAGACUUAAAUUUGAAAGUUUCUUCUCAAUGAUUUCAUGUUUAGUUACCUUUACUUCAAUGUCAUUAAGGGGGCACGGGUGGCCCAGUUGUCUAAGGCGCCACAAUUCGCUGUGCAGAGUUGCGUCCCUUGGACAACCCUGAAACCUAUGAUUGUGGGUUCGAAUCCCGGUUCGCCCCGAUU